GGUAAAAUGGUGUCAGGCUUUUACUAUGAUAACAAUUUUGGUCGAUACAAUGACAUUAAUACCGAAAAUUUUACCAACGGAGAUGGAGUUGACAGCUGUGAACAUUUUAACGGGCACUAUUUUCAUUUUAACAUCAACCUUCAAAAGGAAUACAGCAUUAAGUUGUCGAGGAUUAUAUUCAAAGGAAAUUUUUCUUCAAACGGAACGAAUUUUCGAUCACACGAUAACAUCCAUGAUUGGCCAUUUUACGUCUAUAAUGCAUUUAGAUCCGACGUUCCACACACAGUAGAUUUUGAUAUUCAACGAACAGGAUCAACCAUUUACUUUUAUAUAUGGUCUGAUAGUAGAAGCCCUUUCGAAUUUGAACUAUGUGAGAUAGAAAUAAAUGGUUGUGAGGUUGACCACUAUAGUGAGGACUGUCUGCCCUGUAAUAAGUCAGACAAUUGUGAAGUUUGUGACGUUAACAAUGGAGAGUGCUAUAUCUGCAGAGAAAACUAUACCGGACCGAACUGUAGCAUAA